CUAAAAUAAGUUGUCAGGCUCCUCAAGGAAAAACUAUUCAGGUGGAACAUUAACUUCAAAGCUGCCAACAAGAUUUGGAGUAGAUGCGCUCCGGGUCUCCGCGCUGUAUCCCCACUCAGCCAUACAAAGACCGCCACAACGGACCCGGAGUUUCUCAAGACUUAGGACAACUUCUACUACUACUCGGUGUAACGGCGUUCAGUGUCUUUCGCCGGUAUGGGGUUCGCGGACCUCCUGAAUGACGUUGGCGGGUUCGGAAAGUUUCAGUGGCUCCACGUCACGCUGAUCUCGAUUCCCGGUCUGCUGAUGGCUAGCCAGAACCUCCUCAACAACUUCACUGCGGGAACGCCGGGGCAUCACUGUACCAUCCCGAACAGAACUUCCAUUGCGAGGAUUCACAACGUCUCCCUCGAGGAUGUGGAUGAGAGUCAACUGCUGCGCGUCUUCAUCCCGACCGACGCUGGCGGGAACAGACUGGACAAGUGCACGCGGUACGUGGAGGCGCAGUGGCAUCUCCUCGAGGGCAACGCGAGCACACCGUUUACGUUCGCUAAUGGGACAGAGCCUGAGACGGAGUUGUGCCUGGACGGGUGGACGUACAACCGGACGGAGUUCCUCUCCACCAUCGUGACAGAGUGGGACUUGGUGUGUACGUUGCGCCCCCUGAAGCAGAUGAGUCAGACCGUCUACAUGGGCGGAGUCCUGACUGGUGCCAUCAUUUUCGGGGGGCUGUCGGACAGGUUCGGUCGUAAGGCUCUGCUGGUGUGGUCCUACUUCCAGCUGGCUGUGCUGGGUUCCUGCACGGCCCUGUCCCCCUCUUACGUGGCCUUCUGCACCUUCCGCUUCCUCGCCGGCAUGUCCGUGUCUGGGAUCAUCCUCAACGCGGUCUCCCUCAAGGUGGAGUGGAUCCCCACCAAGUCUCGGACGGUGGUGGGCACCCUGACCUCCUUCUUCUUCACGUUCGGUCAGAUGCUGCUGGCAGGGAUCGCCUACAGCGUCAGAGACUGGCGCCACCUGCAGAUCGCCGUCUGCGCCCCCUUCUUCCUGUUCUUCCUCUACAGCUGGUGGUUCUAUGAGUCGGCCCGUUGGCUGGUUCUGAACCGGAGGACCAAGGAGGCUGUGAGUCUGCUGCAUCGCGUGGCUCGCACCAACGGCAAGCCAGAGAUGGUCGACAAGAUCACCGUAGCGGUGGUGGAGUCUCACAUGCACAAGGAGAUCCAGUCCAGUAAGUCUGUUUACACGGCCUACAGCCUGGUGAAGACGCAAGUCAUGAGGAGGGUCUCCAUCUGCCUCAUGGUUGUCUGGUUUUCCACCAGCUUUGCCUACUAUGGCAUAGCCAUGGACCUGCAGAAGUUUGGUCUGAACAUCUACCUCAUGCAAAUCAUCUUUGGGUUUGUCGACUUCCCUGCCAAGUUGGUGGCACUGGGCAUGCUCAGUUACCUCGGCCGGAGGGUCACCCAGGCCACCUGCCUCAUAGUGUCCGGGCUUAUCAUCUUUGCUAACAUCUUUGUCCCUUCAGACAUGCAGACCUUAAGGACCACACUAGCCUGUCUGGGGAAGGCCUUCACCUCAUCCUCCUUCACCUGUGUUUACCUCUUCACUGGAGAACUCUACCCUACAGUCAUCAGACAGACGGGGAUGGGCUUCACCUCCACCAUGUCUCGGCUGGGCAGCAUGGCGGCCCCGGCCGUGCUCAUCCUGGACGAGGUCCUGCCCGUCCUGCCCGGCCUGGUGUACGGGGGCGCCGCCCUAGUGGCCGGGGUGUUUGCCUGUUUCCUGCCCGAGACGCUUGACGUGCCGCUGCCAGACACCAUCGAGGACGUGGAGGAGAAGUGGUGA